CACAGCAGACCUGCGAACAGUGAGCGUGUCGGCGCGCACAGGCAUGGACACGAGGACGCAGUGAGAGUACGCACGGUGUUACUGACAUCACACACUCACACGAGGCAGAUUCCCACUGAUCCUCUCGCUUAAGGAACUCAGUCAACAGUGCGCGUUUAGGCUCUCGAGCGCGAGGACCCGCUUUACAUCCCUUUGCAUUGAUUUGCUCCAGCCACACAAUAGGACCGGAUUAUAAUCCCUCUUGGAUUUAACUGGCUCCAAUUGAUCAACUUCACUUCUCAUCAUCACCAAACUUCUCUUGCUGGAAACCGCGCGCGGAGAUGGCGCAGAGGUACGAUGAGCUGGCUCAUUACGGUGGCGCGAUGGACGGAGUCGGAGUCCCCACCUCCAUGUACGGAGACCCGCACGCCCCCCGGCCCCUGCCCCAGGUCCACCACCUGAACCACGGGCCGCCCCCGCACCCGGCCCAGCACUACGGAGCCCAUGCGCCGCACAACAUCAUGCCCAGCAGCAUGGGCAGCGCCGUCAACGACGCACUGAAGAGAGACAAGGACCAGAUCUACGGACACCCUCUCUUCCCUCUGCUGGCUCUGGUGUUCGAGAAGUGUGAGCUGGCGACCUGCACGCCCAGAGAACCCGGGGUGGCCGGAGGAGACGUCUGCUCCUCCGACUCCUUCAAUGAAGACAUCGCCGUGUUUGCCAAACAGAUCCGCACAGAGAAACCUUUAUUUUCGUCCAACCCGGAGCUGGAUAACUUGAUGAUUCAAGCGAUUCAAGUCCUUCGAUUUCACCUCCUGGAAUUAGAGAAGGUUCACGAGCUCUGUGAUAACUUCUGCCACCGGUACAUCAGCUGUCUGAAAGGCAAAAUGCCCAUCGACCUGGUCAUAGAGGAUCGAGAUGUGUGCAAGUCGGACUUCGACGACCUCUCGGGGUCCUCGACCAACCUCGCAGAUCAUAAUCCAGCAUCCUGGAGAGACCUGGAUGACGCCCACUCCACGCCCUCCGUGGGCACCCCGGGACCGUCCAGUGGGGGACACGUUUCCCAGAGUGGAGACAACACAAGUGAACUCGGAGACGGCCUCGACAACAGCCUGGCAUCACCAGGCACAGGAGAUGAGGAUGACCAGGACAAGAAGAGGCAGAAGAAACGAGGCAUCUUCCCUAAAGUGGCCACAAAUAUUAUGAGAGCGUGGCUCUUCCAGCACCUUACGCACCCGUACCCCUCAGAGGAACAGAAAAAGCAGCUAGCACAAGACACAGGCCUCACCAUCCUUCAAGUGAACAACUGGUUUAUUAAUGCAAGGAGGAGAAUAGUCCAACCUAUGAUUGACCAGUCCAACAGAGCAGUGAAUCAGAGUACAGCUUACAGUCCAGAUGGCCAGCCAUUGGGAGGCUUUGUUCUUGAUGGGCAGCAACACAUGGGUCUCCGACCUGGAGGCCCCAUGGGUGGCAUGGGUAUGAACAUGGGCAUGGACGGGCAGUGGCACUACAUGUAAAACCACUCCACUGAGGCGAGCCUGAACAACAGGUUGAAGCCUCCAUGGUUGGCUCAGGGAUCUUCCUCCAUCUGGCAGUGGAGCUCAGCCGCAGUCGCCACGUCACACCCACCUGAUCACUCCCACCUCACCUUGCCCGAGCCCGCACGGUGCACGCGUGUACAGGAUCACCAUGGAAACGCCUCACCUCACAGAUUUGGACUUGAAAGUGAAGAGACUCGUGCGAGGCGAGGAGCUUCGUUGCUGCACGGGGGGGAAAAAAAGCGCCGAACGAGGACUCCACGGUGCAGAGAAGCAGAGUGACACUCGUCCAUCUCCUCUUAAAUUAUUUAUUUAUUUUUCUACAACCACGGGACGACGACGUUUCUCCUCCUUUUUUAAGUAAAGCUUUGCCCCUAAACGUGCCCAUCCUCCCCGCCCUCUCCUCCAAAGGCCAGAAGAGAAAAAAACACUGUGGAAGAACUCUUUGAUAGAAGAGGACUCGCUGUUGUGCUGUGUAGAUUCGUGCUCUUCAUUUCUGUCCAUGUUUGCGCUUGUGACCAUUAGAAGUUUAGAGUGAGCUUUCAUUGACAUGUUUAAAAAAAAAAAAAAAUCCUGACUGUGGCCAAGGAAAGAAAAAUGUGAAUGUUUAGUUUCUGUUCUCCACGCACUGCAUCCCUGCUGUUCUCAUCCCGCGUGUGUUUAAAAACUGGAACCGAAACGACUUUUCUGAGGGAGCAGGACCAGGCGGCGGACUCCGGUCACUUUUUGACAAUGUUUUACAUAGUUUCGUAUAGCACCAAAAACACGGAGAAGAAGUCUGCACUGAAACCAAAAUAAAGACUUGACUGAGGAAGCA